AUGUCAAUGAGACUUGAUCCGACGCACAAUGACAAGGACAUCUUCCAAACUCCACAGUAUCAUACAAGAGAAAGGAACACAUUGCGCGCUUCUCUCUCGUUAGAGUUUGUUAUCAUGAAAGGCACCAAGAAGAAGAUUCCAUGCAGCAAGAAGCUUGGAGGAUAUUUGAGAGAGCAAAAGGGACGGCUUUACAUCAUCAGAAGAUGUGUGGUCAUGCUCAUUUGUUGGCGUGAUUAAACACUUGCGGCUCCUCGACAUAUACACAUCAGUACCAGACAACAUAUUGUGCACACAAUAUCUAUUUGUAGUGUACUACUAAUAUAUGAUUGAAGUCUUGAAGAAAUGGGGCUGGAUCUUUGUGGCUAUAAGCGACGUGAGAUGAGUUCACGAGCUGAGAAUAUAAUGGUUUCCAAGCAUUGAUAAAUAUAUAUCUUGAUAUCUCCGGGGUGUUUUAGGAUCUAAGUUAAGAUAAUAGUUUUUUUUGUAUUAGCUAGCAUGGAAAUGAAUAAUUAGAUCAUUUUUAAAUAUUAGUGUACGAUAUAAAAGUAAGAAGAGAAAAUAUGAUCAUAGUUUGUCAAUGCCAUAUCUUGGAGACUUUCUAGGGAAGUGUAUUUUCUUUCGCUGACUCUUCCAAGUCUUCAUUAUUGUUUUGAUAUUU